AUGGCCGAGCCGGCGACGACGGCGGAGCUCCCGACGCUCAAGGUGCUGCUGAUCGGCUCGUCGGGCGUCGGCAAGUCGGCGCUUGUGCGUCGAUAUACCGACGAUGUAUUCGUUGAGGACGACGCUGCGGCCACGAUCGGCGUCGACUUCAAGAUCCAGAGUCUGUGCGUCGACGGCAAGUGGUGCAAGCUCAGUAUCUGGGAUACGGCCGGUCAGGAGCGCUACCGCACACUAACGAGUAGCUACUACCGCGGAGCACAGGGCGUGAUCCUUGUAUACGACGUCACGGACGCGCGCUCGUUUGACGACCUGCCGUCGUGGCUGCAGGAGCUCAACACGUUCCAGGGCGCCGUGCCGCCCCUCCGCCUCCUGGUCGGCAACAAGGUCGACUGCACCGCCGAGCGUGUCGUCACGUCAGAGCAAGGCGCCGACUUUGCCGCCGCGCACGGCUGCCUGUUCGUCGAGUGCAGCGCCAAGGCCGGCCACGGCGUCGACGACGCCUUUGCCGAGCUCGUGCGCCAGGUACGUGCGGCCUACUUACGCAGAUUGUAUCGACGCCGGCGCUCUGGGACUCGGUCGCGCCGGGCGUGCGCCGGCCCGGCGACCGCAUCCCCGGCGGCGCGCCCGACGCGCGCGUCGAGCUGA